AUUUGGCGUCCCAAAAGACUUCGAGGGUGUCGAUCAAACUCCUCAUCGAUUAAAGGGGCUACACUACAUUUUCCAGAGUAAAUUAUUCAGUAAAGGAUCAAUGCAAUCUCUCUCUCCACUCCAUUUCCUUCUAUCUGCUCUCGCCGGAGCUACGCCCCUCAUCUCUCCCUCACUUCCAGUGAUCUCUUUGUAAAGAAACCAAACCCUAAUUUCGUGUUCUUCAAUCUUUUUAUUCUCGAUCGAAGAGGAAUUGGAGCAUGGAUGGCGCCUUUGCCUAAAGGAUCCCUUCCUGAUCUCAAAGCUUUAGAUCCUGCAUAUAUCCCAACGUCAAGUGGCCAGGCUGUUGCUUCUGAUCCUCUUCAAUUUGGUGCUUUCUUUCAACUAAAUUUGGGUCUCUGAUAUUGCCUCAUCAAAGGGACGGUAGCCUAACCUUCAAUCAUUAUCAAGCAACCACUUGUAGAAUUGGGCAGAGGCUGCAAUGGCUGAUGCCAGCCCAAGGACAGAUACAUCGACGGAUGGGGACACGGACGAGAAGAAUCUGAGGUUUGAACAAGGACAACUUGGUAUAGCAGCUUCUGAUUCCAGUGACAGAUCGAAGGACAAGACGGAUCAGAAAACACUUCGUCGGCUUGCUCAAAAUCGUGAAGCUGCAAGAAAAAGUCGAUUGAGAAAGAAGGCCUACGUCCAACAACUAGAAAGCAGCAGACUGAAGCUUACUCAACUUGAGCAGGAGCUCCAACGUGCUCGGCAGCAGGGCAUUUUUAUUUCAAGCUCAGGAGAUCAGGCCCAUUCAACUAGUGGGAAUGGAGCCCUGGCAUUUGACAUAGAAUAUGCACGGUGGCAAGAGGAUCAAAAUCGGCAAAUCAAUGAGCUUAGAGCAGCAGUAAAUGCGCAUGCAAGUGACAGUGACCUUCGAGUUAUUGUUGAUGGCAUAAUCGCACACUACGAUGAGAUAUUUAGGCUAAAGGGUAUUGCGGCUAAAGCUGAUGUGUUUCACAUGUUGUCAGGCAUGUGGAAGACACCUGCUGAGAGAUGCUUUCUUUGGCUUGGAGGUUUCCGAUCUUCUGAGCUUCUGAAGCUACUUGCAAAUCAACUGGAGCCUCUAACUGAGCAACAGUUAGCGGGAAUAUGCAACCUCCAACAAACCUCCCUACAAGCGGAGGAUGCCCUUUCACAAGGAAUGGAGCAAUUGCAGCAAUCCUUGGCUGAAACAUUAGCGGGCUCUUUAGGGCCCUCGGGUUCUUCAGGAAAUGUAGCAAAUUACAUGGGGCAGAUGGCAAUGGCAAUGGGUAAGCUUGGUACCCUCGAAAAUUUCCUUCGACAGGCUGAUAACUUAAGGCAACAAACUCUGCAACAAAUGCAUCGAACAUUGACCACUCGACAAUCUGCACGAGCACUAUUAGCCAUACAUGAUUACUUCUCGAGGCUUCGGGCCUUGAGUUCUUUAUGGUUGGCUCGGCCACGAGAAUGAUGAAUCAAUUGAUUCAACUCUACCAUGUAACUUUGAUCACACGAAAGGUUUCUAAGCAUCCACUUGAUCUCCUGGACUUGCUUAGUAUUAUGUCUGAGAAAUGGAAUUGUUUAUCUCAACAUCGAGACCUACAGUGUAUCUCCAUGUAACUAUGUGUCGUAUGGGUUGUCUUCAACUAUAUGUGUGUAAAAAUCCACUCGUGUAAGUGAAAAAUGUUGUUGUAAGUUGGUAAAUUAGUUAGAUGAUGUAAUUUUUUAUUUAAUUUUAGCCAUUGAACCACAUGAUUGGAAAACAUAUCGGAAUUGCUUGUUUA